AUGGGUGCCGAGAUCUCCACACCCGAGGGCGAAGACUUCAUGGCAAAGUCAUACAGGUCCUUCCAUGAAUCAGCAACAAUGUUUACCGAACACGAUGAUGAAGAAGAGGUUGUACACACUUUGCGGAAACUUGGCCGAAGCUCUUCUCCUUUGAUUGGAAAAGAAGUCAUCACGACAUCCGAAACCAUCGAAAGCAAUCAUCUAGGUCCCAAAUCAUUGGACCAGUCCGAUGGCAAGAUUUCUGUCAAUAUUGCAAUGGCUGAUCUGAUGGCAUACUUGCAAGUGGUUGCAAACCACAGCAAUAACUUGCCACAAACCCGACGUGACGAUCCAGCUGGCAAAGAAUGUGCGGUAGCAACUCCCGAGGAGGUGUAUGCGAACAAGUCCGCAGCAUUUAUCCCAGCAGAUGUAAGAAUCGUCGGUGGAAGAUUCAUGCUCUAUGGAAAAGCCUGGAACCUACCUGAUAAUACUGAAUUCAGCCCUGCUGAACGCACACUUGAGCCUGGCAAAUCCUACGGUGGAGCCAAUGGUAAUGCCAUGCUAAAGGUAUUAUAUGAUUUCGUCAGUGCGUCUGGAGCCGAUGAAAUUGCCUUUGAACAAGAUGACAAUGAUCUUUUUGAUGACGAUGAUGAUGAAGCUUCCUUGGACAGCGUUUCGAAGACUGGUGGACUUGAUACUGUUGGACUUCGUGGGGAAAGCAGUCUUUCAUGGGCUGACCUUCUCCGCAAGAUGAAGGCUGAGAUGGACGACAUGAAGUUCAAUCAAGUGCCAACGCUCACAACAAGCAGGAAACUAAAUGUCAACGAAGACUUUACGCUUGUUCCCAAAAGCUUCGAUCCAAGCACGGGAAGAACCCGCUCUCUAUUGAUCGGAUGCAAUUACAAUGGUAAUGCACAAUUAAAAGCGAGCCACGACGACAUUCGCUCCAUGAAGGAUUAUAUUGUUACAGUUCAUGGAUUUUCGGAAGAUGCCGAAGACAUGACAGUGCUUCUCGACGACGGUGUUCACAAAGCACCAACCUAUGCCAACAUAAUAGACCACUUCAAGAAACUGUCCGAAGACAGCCAACCUGGUGAUGCCGUGUUCAUUCAAUUUUCGGGUCAUGGAGGUCGCCUCAUUGGAAGUCCUGGUGCUGACGCAGUUGACACUUACGACGAGGCGAUUGUACCUUGUGAUUUCGAAGAAGCUGGGCCUAUUCGAGACACACUGGUAUUUAAAACUCUUCUUGCCCCUAUGCGAUAUGGCGUAACCGUGACCGUCAUCAUAGAUGCUUGCGACACUGGUAUGGUUCUUGAUCUACCAUAUGCGUGGUCUACUGGUGAUGAUCAACCAGGGACCGACGCUGAGAUGGUCCAAAACAAAGACUACAGCUUUGUUCGAGACUUGAAGGUGAUCAAGAAACUAUACGAGUCGUCUGUUUUUACACAACUUGGAAACCGUGUAGAUGAGGCAAUUGGAAGUCAACCAGAGCCCACCCCCACCCAAAGGUAUUCGGCCCGCAGAAGAAGAAGAACCAUGGGUGGUGAAACAGAUGACGAGCAAAGCGCUCUUUAUAUGAAUGAUUCAUUCGCAGGUAACCAAGGAUUUUGCUGUGAUCCAAUGCAGAUGAAUGGUCUAGACAAUGUGAAUUCGGAGGACGUGCAACGCGAUCCUUCGGAAACUAGCUUCAUGGCACGCCUAACCGAUUGCGGAAUGGGAAAUGAAUUGAUUGAAAAAGAACUAGAAGCCAUGAGUGUUAGAAGCCGGAACGAUGGCCGAAGAAGCAGAAAGAGCCGAAGUAGCUCUGGCCGCCGAAGCAAGAGCCGCCGCAGCUCCCGCCGCUCAUGA